AUGCCUACAUGUAUGCUUCGCACCCUCACUGCACUUUACGCUUGCCUCGCUUUGGCGAGCAGCCUGCCAUCAUCAGGCAGCGCUGGCACAUGCGAUCCCCACGGCAUCUUUCGCCUCGAGGAUCCGUCCACCGGAAAGUACCUUACGCCAGGCUCUCCUUGCACCGACGCGGGGUGUUACGCCUUCUACAGCGUCAACAGCUCUACUGGCUUUGAAUACACCAUUGCUAGGGGAACCACCCACCUGGAAAUAGCUAAAGUCCCUCAUGGUUCGAAGACUCCAACAGGCCUCUAUGCCGACGUCGACAAGAAGGUCGAGGUGACUGCGUUCGUCUUUUCUUCUACCAUCCCGGCCAACCUGAACUGCACCGUCAAGCCAGAUCCGAGUGGCGAUGGGACGUGCGACUUGAAGUGUAGCGGCUCUGCCAUGGGGUACACCUAUAAAGGCCAAAGCGUCGAUACGGACAAUGGUCAGUGGUUUCUCGGACGCGAGUAUGGCGAGAUUGUUAUCAAGGCAGUGUUUCCCUUGACGUGA